GUGAACAACAACAGCCAUCUCCUUCCAAAUAUCACUCUGGGAGUAGAAAUUCGUGAUGACUGUGGAACAGUGAACACAGCUUUGGAACAAUGUUUGAACUUCUUUGUGGGUACUCUGGCAAAUAACGAACAAAUAUGCAGCUUGUCAGAUAGCUCCUUUAGGGUGCAAAGAAGGGCUGUCCUGGGAGGGGUGGUUGGGCCAUCCUUUAGCACCACAACCAUUCAGGUCAGUAUCACAUGUAUGUUGGCAGACUCUAUGUAAUCUAAGAAAUGGUUAUUAAAACUCUUUUUGUAAACUUCUUGAUUUAAAUUGAGAUAUGCCUUGGUUAUGAUUUUAACAUGUGGAUGAAACUCUGUGACGUGACCGUUGAAAUGAAACUCUUUAGCAGUACUUUCACAUGGUACUAUUUAUUUAGUAUGUAGUUCGAACUUUUGAGUCUGUGGAUGAAAUCCUAUGGUGUUACCAUUCAAAUGAAAUCUCUUCAGCAGUACUUUCACAUGGUACUAUUUAUUUAGUAUGUGGUUCUAACUUUUGAGUCUGUAGAUGAAAUCCUAUGGUGUUACCAUUCAAAUGAAACCUCUUCAGCAGUACUUUCUCAUGGUACUAUUUAUUUAGUAUGUAGUUCGAACUUUUGAGUCUGUGGAUGAAAUCCUAUGGUGUUACCAUUCAAAUGAAACCUCUUCAGCAGUACUUUCUCAUGGUACUAUUUAUUUAGUAUGUGGUUCUAACUUUUGAGUCACUCUGUAGAUGAAAUCCUAUGGUGUUACCAUUUAAAUGAAACCUCUUCAGCUGUACUUUCACAUGGUACUAUUUAUCUAACAAUAGUUCUAACUAAAUUUUGAGUCUGUCGAUGAAAUCCUGUGGCAUAACUGAUCUAAUGAAACUUUUCGGAAACACCCCAUUUUACAGUUAUAGAUGCGUGGAAACGAUGCUGGAGUUGACCUUGUUGUGACACAGACCUUCCUGUUUUCUUCUGAUGUACAUGUAUGCUAUGUAAAUAAAUGAACUCUGAUUUCUCAUAUUCCUUUACGGUAGUGAUUGAUGAUGUUUUGAAAUCACCGAUAUUUUGGCCCGUUUGAAGGGGCAAAUUAAGUCACUCUAUUUGCUUCCUUUUUUUCAGUAGCUAAACUUUAUUCGCAUCAAUUGAAUGCCAAAAAUAAUGGUCCAGUUUUGUUAUUUAAGAUUAUAUUGAGGCAUUGAAACUGUUUGCUGUCCUCUGUUGCGACGGGGGGCAAGGAUGGACAUGGAUUGAAACAUGAAAAAGUUAGGUCAACUUUUUAAGUUUUCGACCUAUGACUGCAAAUAUUACCGAAAAAAAUGAUGGCCAGUGUUCCCUGAUGAAAUUUCUUUGAUAUCUUCGUCAUAACUCAACAGGAGUGUUUUGUGUAUGGGUAAAGGAGUGACUGAGUGAUGAGUUCAGCACAGAAUUCACAUAUCCAUGCCAUGUGACAUAUCCCCCUCAAGGCUGGUUGUCAUAUGCUGCCAAUGAAUCUGCGACAUAGCCUCCGGUACCGCCUGGGCUUUUACCGCCGGCAUGCCGGCGAAGUUGAUCUCGAGUCAACUUCGCAGGCAUGCCGGCGGUAAAGACUGGGAUCACCAAUGUUGCCGACCACUGCUGUUCACAUAUUGAAACAGCAUCCCACGCAGUUUUGGGGCAAUGUCGCAGGUGCAUCGGCGGCACAAGAGAACCAGGCUUUUUUCACAGCUAGCCUUUAAGUUCAGUCAGUCAUAUUUUCAGGUUUUUAGAUCGAAUGCAACCUUCUUUGUAUGUAUUAACUUCGCUAUUUGCUUUUAGCCUGCUGCUCUCCUCUCAAUUAAUGCUUUGUUUGCUUCUCGAUGUGUGUGAUUUUUUUGUUUGUUUGUUUUGUUUUGUUUUUUUUUAGUGUGUGUGUGGUUUUUCUUUCUUUUGUCACUUUUUACGUGUAUUUAAUUUGUUGUUUGUUAAAAUAAAUAAAUCAAAGAUUAAAAAAAAAACUACUUUUUCACUAGGUGAACAACAACAGCCAUCUCCUUCCAAACAUCACUCUGGGGGUAGAAAUUCGUGAUGACUGUGGAACAGUGAACACAGCUUUGGAACAAUGUUUGAAGUUCUUUGUGGGUACUCUGGCAAAUAACGAACAAAUAUGCAGCUUGUCAGAUAGCUCCUUUAAGCUGCAAAGAAGGGCUGUCCUGGGAGGGGUGGUUGGGCCAUCCUUUAGCACCACAACCAUUCAGGUCAGUGUCACAUGUAUGUUGGCAGACUCUAUGUACUCUAAGAAAUGGACAUUAAAACUCUUUUUGUAAACUUCUUGAUUUAAAUUGAGAUAUGCCUUGGAUGAACUCUAUGACGUGACCGUUGAAAUGAAACUCUUUAGCAGUACUUUCACAUGGUACUAUUUAUUUAGUAUGUAGUUCGAACUUUUGAGUCUGUGGAUGAAAUCCUAUGGUGUGACCAUUCAAAUGAAAUCUCUUCAGCAGUACUUUCACAUGGUACUAUUUAUUUAGUAUGUGGUUCUAACUUUUGAGUCCGUAGAUGAAAUCCUAUGGUGUUAACAUUUAAAUGAAACCUCUUCCGCAGUACUUUCACAUGGUACUAUUUAUCUAACAAUAGUUCUAACUAAAUUUUGAGUCUGUCGAUGAAAUCCUUUGGCAUAACUGAUCUAAUGAAACUUUUCGGAAACACCCCAUUUUACAGUUAUAGAUGCGUGGAAACGAUGCUGGAGUUGACCUUGUUGUGACACAGACCUUCCUGUUUUCUUCUGAUGUACAUGUAUGCUANUCACUCUGUAGAUGAAAUCCUAUGGUGUUACCAUUUAAAUGAAACCUCUUCAGCUGUACUUUCACAUGGUACUAUUUAUCUAACAAUAGUUCUAACUAAAUUUUGAGUCUGUCGAUGAAAUCCUGUGGCAUAACUGAUCUAAUGAAACUUUUCGGAAACACCCCAUUUUACAGUUAUAGAUGCGUGGAAACGAUGCUGGAGUUGACCUUGUUGUGACACAGACCUUCCUGUUUUCUUCUGAUGUACAUGUAUGCUAACUAGUAUUUUUUAAAAAUGCUUUCUAUAAAAAAAUAUAGGAGGUUUGUACCAAAACAAGGUCAGCCUUACAUUCGAUUUCACUUUCACUCGAAGGGUAGGGUACUAAGCCGACGACAGUGAAAAGAUCUGUUAUUUUGCUUGGUAUCAUUUUGCAGUCAUGCAUAUAGUUACGUAUCUUGACUUUUGUUCAUGGCCACUAUUACGGCAGUGAAAAUCUUACUCUGGGAACAGAAGAACGGUGUUAGAGAGGCACCCAAAGUUCUAAGACGUCAUUGUUAAGUUUGGCUGCGUAAAAUAAUAUUUUUGUUUUUUGGUAGGAGAUUUACGGAAAGAAAUCUUAAGAACCUCCCACACAAUUUUCCUUAUUUUCUAGGUUGCUACUCUCCUCCGACUCUUCGAUGUUCCACAAGUUAGCUAUGCUGCAACAAGCGCCGAAUUAAGUGACAAAGACAGAUUUGAGUACUUUGUUCGCACGGUUCCACCAGAUUCUUUUCAAGCCCGUGCCAUGGUAGACAUCAUCCGUCAUAUGAAUUGGACAGCGGUUUUCGCAGUUUAUUCACGUGGUAGCUACGGUGAACAGGGUAUGUUGAUUUUUCAGGAGUUUUGUGAGCAGCUUAACGUGUGCAUUGCGGACCAUCGUCUUCUGGAACCAGACUUCACCGAGGCAGAAUACGAUAAAUUGAUAGACAGAUUUCGUAAGGAAGAAGGCAUUCGAGUUGUGGUGAUGUUUUGUAAUUCCGAAGAUCUGCGUUCAAUGCUUCAAGCUGCCAAAAGAGCGGAAAACCGAGGCAUCAAAAAACCGUUUGCGUGGUUGGCGAGCGAUUUUUGGGGGACAAGACUUGGUCACGUGGAAGGCUUAGAAGACAUUGCGGAUGGUGCAAUCACUAUUGAGAUUCAAACCUUCGAUAGACAGCUAGAACCAUUCUAUGAUUAUUUUUCGAAACUAACCCCACUAAAUAAUUCGCGAAACCCUUGGUUUAAAGAGUACUGGGAGAAGCGUUUCGAUUGCAAAUUUGGAAACGAAUCGUCUCCGUCUUACCGAUGCAACAACUCAGAAAACCAGGCUUCAGUCCUUCAGAGGUUUGACGCUAAGGUGCCGUUUGUCAUCGAUGCGGUUUUAUCGUUUGCUCAUGCGCUCCACAAUCUACACAGAAACGUCUGUGGAGAAGCCUCUGGUGUUUGCCCCGAAAUGAAAAAACUGGAUCGCACGGCGCUGCUGUGGUACCUACGGAAUAUUCCUUUUAAUGGAACAACAGGGCUGGUAAAGUUUGAUGCUAAUGGUGACAGUGCUGGAAAGUAUGACAUUUACGUUUACAGAAACGCGCGCAAAAAUCCCUACAAGAGGUUAGCCAGCUGGAUUGAAGGAAAGCUGACGUUUGUCCCUAGUGGCAUUUUGCAGGGGAAAGAUUACAUUGAAUCGCAAUGCGGUAAGCCUUGCGGUCCACAAGCUAUAAAGCGCAUACGCGAUACACGCUGUUGUUGGACAUGUGAAAAGUGUGACGAUGACUCGUACGUAGCCAACGAGUUCACGUGUCAGACAUGUGUCCAAGGCAUGCACCCUAAUGCCACUUUUAACGGCUGUGAACCACUAAACAGAGAACACCUCCGUAGUGUGUGGAUCGCAAUCGUCGUCUCUCUUGCGUCUCUUGGCAUCAUUGCCACUUCCCUGGUAUGCGGAGUUUUCAUUAAAUUCGCUGACACGCCACUCAUAAAAGCUUCGGGGCAUGAACUCUCGAUUGUGCUCUUCAUUGGAUUGUUUUUAUGCUAUAGUUUCGCGUUUGUCAUGGUCUCCUAUCCAAGUAAAGUCGUGUGCGCGAUUCAGAGACUUGGAAUGGGACUUUGUUUUAGUGUUUGCUAUGCUUCCCUGCUCGUCCGCACCAACAGAAUCGCUCGAAUAUUCAGCGGUGUGAAAACUCCAUCUUUUAUCAGUCCGAAGUCUCAGCUUUUCAUAACCGCUGUAAUAAUUGCACCACAGCUCGCCAUGAUAAUAACAGGUCUCUUAAUCCGUCCUCCUGGUCCCGUAUCUUCUUUCAAGUACAAGGACUUCAUACUUGUCAAGUGCAACAUACACAUUGUUGGUGUGGUGGCUUUAUUUGGAUACAACUCCGUUUUAAUUGUGCUAUGCACGUUUUAUGCAUUUAGAACUCGAAAAACGCCGUUGAAUUUUAACGAGGCAAAGUUCAUCGGUUUCUGUAUGUACACAACCUGCGUCAUAUGGAUUGCUUUCGUGCCUGUUUAUUAUGGAAUCGGUGGAGGGUUUGAAGCAGUAGCCCUCGCCUUUAGUGCUGUAAUUAGCGCAACUACUAUUUUGAUUUUUAUUUUCAUGCCUAAAGUGUACAUUGCGGUAUUUAAACCUGAAAAGAACAUCAGAGGCAACUCCAGGCUGAGGUCGAGGACAAAAUCUUUGGACUUCAAUAUAUCCUGCAGCAUCGAGGAUUGUAGCGGUGAGUCACGC